CCUGCACUAAGUUGUCCACUAAGUUGUCAUGGCACCGUUUAUUCAUGGUGGUUCAUGAUGGACCCAAGACUUAACUCGCCGUAUACGGAGGAAAACUAUGCUCAAAUGGAUUCGGAGGCUGCCUUGAUGGAUCCAGAAACUGAUAUUCUUAAACUUGAUGAUGAUGUCGGGGAAUUACAAAACGAUGAGAUAUUAGACACUGAGAAGCCUGAUUUACCGAAGGACGAUGCUGUUGAUGGUGGAGAAGAGGAGGCAGACGAUGAGGGUGUUGAGCUUUCACCUGAUGGGGUUCUGGACGAAGAGACAGUUGCAAGAGGUCUGUCAAAUCUUGGGAGAUCUGCUACUGGCGACGGUCAAGUUUAUCUCAAUGUCACAAUUCCGGGAUUUUCCUUGACAGACAUCAGCCUGAUUGCAGAGUACGAGCACCUCCAGAAAGUUGAGAUCCCGUACAAUGAUAUCACAGAUUUGUCUCCUCUCGGGAAACUGAAGUUUCUUCUCGUCCUGGAUGCUUCCCACAACAGAAUUCCCACUCUCUUGGACUUUGAGCCACCGGCAAAUCUACAAACGGUUGAUUUGUCAUGGAACAAAAUUGAAGAAAUGCGCGACCUAUCAGCUCACCGAAACUUAGAGAAGCUGGUUCUUGACAACAACACAAUUCCAGCAGUUCAAGGAUUAGAAAAAUGCAAGAGAUUAAAACAUCUGAGCAUUUCACACAACAAGAUCAAGAAAAUACAGAAUUUGAAUGAUUUGCCCAUACAGCAUUUGAAUCUGAGCAACAAUGAGAUCAGAAUGAUCGAAAACUUGGAGACCUUGAAGUACCUGCGGGAAGUGAACCUGUCUGGCAACACCAUCAGGAGCUUGUCUGGCCUAGACCACAACGUUCUACUGGAAUCUGUCGAUGUGGAAGACAACGAGGUCAUCGACAUUGUGGAGAUCAACCACAUCAAGAAUGCGAGGAACUUGCGAGACCUGAACUUACUGAGGAAUCCGAUCCAAGAACUGCCAGACUACAGACUAUCCAUCUUGUUCCGGAUCAGUCGUCUCACCACGCUGGACAGACACCACGUGAAGGAGCAGGAGAAGGUUGCGGCCAUCAAUAUGUUCGACCCACCACGAGAAGUUGUAGCGUCCCGGGACCACAUCAUGCACGUCGUCUACUCGUUCCUGCAGCCGUCCAGGGUCUGGGACAGUACGCUGCCCAACAUCGAGACUCCCUAUCCCAUGUUGGUGCUGGUUGGGCCUCAAGGAUCGGGGAAGAAAGAUCUGUCGAUGAAGCUCGUGGAUGAGUUUGGAGAUUACUUUGGCUAUGGUAUUUCCCACACUACCAGGCAACCUCGUUCAGAUGAAGUGGCAGGCAAGGAUUACUACUUUGCAUCGCUUGAAAAAUUUGAGAUGGAUAUCAAAAUGGGCCAGUUUAUCCAGACAUAUCAGUACUGUGACAACUGGUACGGACUGCAGAUGGAAUCUGUGGAGAACGUCGCCCGAGAGGGAUUGGCCUGUGUGGUUCACAUGGAGCUGGAGGGAGUGCUGACCUUGAAGAACACAUACUUCGAGCCCCGCUACGUACUGGUCAUGCCUCUCAACGCGGAGGACCAUGAACGACGACUCCGAGAACGUGGGAUCUACACGGAGGACCAGAUCCAGAAAACUCUGAAGAGAUCGGACAUGUACGUCAAGCAGAAUCAGGACCACCCUGGCUUCUUUGACAUGAUGAUCUGCAGUGAUGACAUCACAGAAGCCUACAAACAGAUGCGGCGGCUGGUGAUGGAUUACCUGGGCAUCAGCACCACCACGCCCGUGAGCACGGCCGCCCCCUACACCAUCACAGACACAAGGGAGGUCACCGACGCCUUCCAGGGCUUCACCGGCGCGGCCUCGUCCAAUCAGAUGGGAGCCCGGACCUGGUCCAAGCCCAGCAUUCCGGACAGCAUGUCUCAGACGAGAGGGCCCAGGGUCAGCUCAGGGGCACCAGUCAGCCGAGGCAUCGUUGAAGAGGAGUCCAUCAAACGUCGGCACAGCGCGGCCAGGGAAGUUGUCAGCGGCUACGUGCCGCCACUGUACGAGCAGCUGUUGACAAACUACCCUAAGACAGCCCCUCAGACAGUGGAGGGUCAACUAGGCCUGGGAGAGAACGGCGAGCCGCGCGCCUACUCCGCCCCCAUCAACCCGGCCGAACCAGGAGUGGACCUUGGGGAGGCGGGGCCUCCAGCGUCCCCCGAUUCCUCCUCCAGUCAGACCAGCUCCAGCUCCAACCUGUCCGACCUUGACUCGGCCACGGAGCUCCAGCGGGGCAGGGAUGGCAAACACAACACCAACUCUAAGGGACUGCUGCCCACGGAGAAGGUGAACCCGCUGGCCCUGAUAGACGAGCAGGGCUACCGCUCCGCGUCCAACACGCAACUGCCUCCUGCCCGCCCCCCGUCUGCCCCAAGACCGGACUCGAAGACCGGCGUGAUCAGACCGGGCUCCAACCGCCACGUAGUGCUGCCUCCUAUACAGAACGUUGCGUGAACCGUGGGGAGGAAACGGCGUGGUUGAACCGGUGGGGGGGGGGGGAGGGGGACAGUUGUAGGUGAACAAUUGUGGAAGAGAGAACUGAUUUGUGUGGUGAAAUCUGUGAAAACUAGGUCACCUCAACAUGUUUGUUUUGUCUCAUUUAAUCUGUCAAGUCUGUGGAAAGGGAUAUAUCAGAGUUCCAAUGUAAUGUUUGCACUGUGGGGGUCAAUAUACGAAGAGCGACAUUAAUCCAAACCCUGGAAAUUUUGCCUUUGGCUUUUUGUGAGAGAAUUAUAACGUUGUUGGAAUCCUAACUGUCUGUCGUAACAAACUGAUAAAUCUAGGCCGCUUCACACAUGAUAGACGUUGAUAAAGAGGCUAAAUCUUCCAAGAAAUGUCUGCCUUAGACUAGAUGGGGUUGAGCAUCUUCAGAAUUCUCCGGACUGCCAGACUUUAUCGUGGUUUUUUAACUGGGAUUUUUUCCCCAGGAAUUGGCCCCAUGUUUUCCAAACUGAGAUGUGAGCACUCUCACUAGCAAGUAUAUGGAGUAGAUAGAAAGCACAAAUGGCGAAUUUGUACAUUUAUAAUAUAAAAGUUUCGAAUGAUUUUUAAAAUCCUUGAAAUAAAUGAGAGAAAAGACUCUGCAAUUGUUGAUAUCUGUGUACAGUUUUGCAGUUUUGCAACCAUCAAAUGGCUCAACAAAGUUUGACUAUGUAAAUAGAGGCCAAGCUACGAAGUGGUCAAAGCAAACAAAUAUACCGCUGCAGUUGGUUGGUAGAGUGGUCAUGCAGUUGCUACAGGAACUGUCACUAAUUGGUUGCUGUAAAAUACACGUAUCAUGUUUGAAAAAAUGUAUACCAGCGCAUGAUUAAACUUAUUUCUACAAUGCAA